AUGGGAUACUUGAUUAGUGAUGCUCAGAGUUCUUUUGUUAAAGGUAGACUAAUAUCUAGCAACAUUCUUCUAGCUCAUGAACUAGUCAAACACUAUGGUAGGAAGUACACUUCCCCUAAAGCUGUUUUGAAUAUUGAUUUGAGGAAAGCAUUUGAUACCAUUAAUUGGGAUUUUAUAAGAGCUAUGUUGAAAGGACUAGGAUUCCCUGAUAUCAUGACUUCUUGGAUUAUGGAAUGCAUUUCUACUCCUAAAUUUUCUAUAUCCAUAAAUGGAAUACUCCAUGGCUAUUUUCAAGGAGCUAGAGGAUUAAGAUAA